GCAGAAUCAUGUUCGAACUGGCUUUCAUCGCUGUUCUCGUCGCAGGUGCGGUCUAUGUUUUUAUGACCCUUCGCAAAAAUGGAUUUUUCGUCACCGUUGAGCCAUCUGUCACCACUUCACCAAAAAAUCUCGACAAACCGUUGACAGUCUACUACAAAUAUCAUUUGGGACCAUAUCAAAAUGUGAUGAAUGUGAUCGGCGAGGCAAAACAACUGUUGGCAUCCAGCCCAACACCUGCAACGUUCUUCGGCAUCUAUUACGAUAACCCAGAAGUCACCGAUUCCCACUUCCUCCAAUCUGCUGUUGGAGUCGUUUUUGGAUCAGAUGGAAAUGAUUUCCACAGUGAAAAAUAUUCGAAAGAUUUGACUGACAAUGGCUUUGAGAAGUUGGUUCUGCCAAAUGUCGAGAGAGCCGUUCAAGUUACUCAGCCAUCCACUGGUGGAUUCGCCUCUUUCUUGGCUCUUGUUUGGUUCACCUAUUCAACCAUCAGAAAGUAUAUUUCCGAAAACAAACUUGAAACAACUUACGCCGUCGAGUUCUACACCAACACCGAAAUCAAUGUCAUUUUCCCAUUGGACAACGCCAACGAGUUUCUCGUGAAAGAUUACCAAUCGAUCGACAAGCUUGAGAGUGAAGCCGCCAAGAAAAGAUUUGACUCAUCCGAGGAGGACAGCGAGAGUGAGCCAGAAGGAGCUGAGGAGCCAGCCACAGAGGAAAAUGAACAAUAAGAGCUUCAUUCAAACGACCAUCACACUGCCUUUCCAUUCUGAUUAUGUGUACUAUACCAUAACCCUUUUGUAAACAUUUUUGACGAUAAAUUUGAUACUUUUC